AUGGACAUCAUGUGGAGAAUUAAAAUUGUCAAAGUCUACGAUUAUGGCGGAUUCGAAGACCACCAUAAAAAAUGGGAGGACUUUAGAGUAGCGAUAGGACCAGAAACAAUUCUCUACACGAUUUCAAUGAUGAGUUCUGAAUUUCUGAAGGAUGCCGAUACCUACCAACCAUUUGUGGACUUGAUAUACUUUGAAGCAGCCUGUAAACCUCGGUACUGGACGAUUCCGAAGUGUGUAAUACUCUUCACACAUCUUGAUGAGUUUAUGACGAACUUAGAAUCACGUAAAUUGAAUCGAAAUGAUUUCAAAGAGUAUUUUUGGCUUAUCGGGGGUGGGCACAAAGAUAUCUGGGAAGUUAAAUCUAUCGUCAAAGACAAGGUUCAGGAGGUAGCGAGUGAACAGGGCCGAGAUGUCAUUGUUCUGUUUGAGAACUCACUUGAUUCAAAGGGGGAAACUACCGAUACGGUCCUGAAUAUAAUGUUCCAGAAUUCAUGGAAUAAUGAACUUAUCUUAGCUCCGUAUUGCUUAUGA